UGUGUCAAGAAGACGAAGGUCUGUAUUUUCAGAUUUCUGCUGCUUAAGGAUGUGGAGCUUUAAAAACCUGCAGGUCUGCAUCUGCUUUGCUUUAUCUUGUGUAAGCAGUGCAGCAGCAGUGAUCCAUGUAUCUGGAUAUGAAGGCAAAACAGUGACUGUUCCCUGCCCCUAUUAUGCUGGUUUUGAAUCCUAUGAGAAAUACCUGUGUAGGAGUGACUGUCGACAAGAUGCAGAUGUUCUGGUCAAGAGCACCGAAGCAACAAAGGGCAGAUACUCCACCAGUGAUGAUCGAAGGAAACUUAUUUUCAUGACGACCAUUUCAAACUUAAGUUCGAAGGAUGAGGGAAGAUACUGGUGUGGCGUGACGAAGGUUGGGUUUGACAAAUAUCCUUCAGAAGUCUCACUGAAAGUAAAGAAAGAGUGGUGCUGUGUGAAGACCAACAAGAUGAGUGGGAUUGUGGGAACUCCUGUUAUGUUGUCCUGUCCUUAUCCACCUAAACACAGGAACAACAGGAAGUUCCUCUGUAAGGGAGACCACCGUGACAACUGCACCGAUGUGGUGACAGGUGGAAGCAGGUUCACUCUGCAGGACAACGUCUCUUCAAGCUCUUUCUUGGUGAUUGUCACAAAGCUGGAAGAAGGCGAUACUGGGACAUACUGGUGUGGUUCAGAUUCUACGUGGAGUCCUGAAAAAUACACCAAAAUUGAGCUGUCAGCAGAGUGGUGCUGUGUGCAGACACAGAACAUAUCAGGCAAUGUGGGGUAUCCUCUCACUUUUUCCUGUCCUCAAUCACGCCGACGCCAAGAUAGCAGGAAGUUCCUCUGCAAGGGAGAUCACCGCCGCAAUUGCACUGACAUGUUGAGUCAACGCAGGUUCACUCUGCAAGACGAUGAGUCCUCCAAAAAAAUUUUUGUCAUGGUCACUAAGCUUGAAGACAGCGAUGUUGGGACAUACUGGUGUGGUUCAGACUCGAAAUGGAGUGCUGGCAAUUACACAAAGAUUGAGUUGUCACUGGAGUGGUGUUGUGUGAAGACAGAAAAGAUGAGAGGCAUUGUGGGAAAUUCCUUCAUCCUGUCUUGUCCUUAUCCACCACAACAUUGGAAUAAUGACAAAUUCCUCUGCAAAGGGGAGCAACGCGACAGCUGCACUGAUGUGUUGAGUCAAAGCAGGUUCACUCUGCAAGAAGACGAGUCCUCCGGCUUUUACUUGGUGAAGAUCACAAAGCUGGAAGAAGGUGAUGCUGGGACGUACUGGUGUGGUUCUGAUUCAAAAUGGAGCGCUGGAAACUACACCAAGAUAGAGCUGGCAGUAGGUCCUGCCUCUCUUAAACUGCUGAUUUACAUUGCUCCUGCUCUUCUCUUGGCACUUUUAUUUGCUGUAUUUAUAGCAUAUACAUGCAAACAAAGAGAAGCUGAAGCAAGGAAAGACAAGAAAAGAAGAAAGUUUGACUCUCUUCAGAUGAUUUCUGUCAAGCCAGAAGACUUUGUUUAUGAGAACUCCAGCCUCGUUGAUAAAGCAGAAGAUGUCCAAGAACAACUUUAUGAAAACCUCAAAGCAACAACAGACGCCUACUCUGUCUAUAUGUGAAACAGAGAACCCCAGAGUUAAUCGUCACCUAAUUUUUAGCAAUUUGUGUCAUGUUCUGUGUUGUCUGUGUAUUUAUUUAGAGUUUUCCUUGUCCUGUCCUCCCCUUGAUUAGU